AAUUUUAUAUGAUUUAAAUGACUUGUUUUUUAAAACAAAAUAACCAUAAGUCACUUAAAUUAUUUCUAUUUUAAUAGAUAAAAUAAGAAGUGUGAAAUAAUUCUAUAUGAUUUAUAAAUCAUUAUAAAUAUACAUUUAUACAAUUAUAAUUAUAUCUAGAAAGCAUUUACCAUUUUGCAUCUAAACGAGGUGUGCUCAAGAUUUAUAUAAAUAAAUUAAAUGAUUUAGAAACUCUGAUAAAAUGAUUUUGUAGGCCAUAAUUAUUAUUAUUAUUUAUAAAUAAUUUCAAAAUCUUUAUAAAUUAUUUAUAAAUCCCAUGUGGGUUUUCUAAAACAUAAAAUUUCUAAUAAUUCUAUAUAUACAAAUCUAAUUCUUUAUAUAAGAAUAUACAACCAUUAUAUUUAUUUCUAUAAAAAAAUAAAAAUAUUUUAAAUAACUAUAAGUAAAUAAUUUAUAAAAAAAUUGAUGAAACAUUAUGUAUUAUUUCUAUAAUUAUGCAAUUAGUUACGAAAAAUUAUUAUUUGUAAUAUUACUUGUGUUUUUGGUAACUUGUAUUAAUUAGUUAUAGAGUUUUCUUUUAUUUUUAGAUUUGAUUAAAAUAAAUAUUUAAUAAAAUAUCAUCAACCAAUCAAAUUAUUGCAAUUUCUUGAAACUUCACCUAUGAGCGACACGUUAGCAGAAGUUACUAAAGUGAUUUCUUAAUUAAUAUAUAAGUGUGAAUUAAUUCUAUAUGAUAUAAAUCAUUAUAAAUAUACAUUUAUACAGUUAUAAUUAGAUCUAGAAGCAUUUACCAUUUUUUAUUUAAACGAAAUGUGCUCAAGAUUUAUAUACAUAGAUUUGAUAAAAGUCUCAUAAAUAAUUUAGAAACUAUAAUAAAGUGAUUUUGUAGGCCAGAAUUUAAAAAAGUUUGUAAAUAAUUCCAAAAUCUUUAUAAAUUAUUUAUAAAUCUUGUGUGGGUUUUAAAAGACAUAAAAUUUGUAAUAAUGCCUCAUAUACAAAUCUAAUUCUUUAUAUAAGAAUAUACAACCAUUAUAUUUAUUUCGAUAAAAAGUUAUUAAAAUAUUUUAAAUAACUAAAAGUAAAUAAUUUAUAAAAAUAAAAAAAAUUGAUGAAACAUUAUAUAUUCUUUCUAUAAUUAUGCAAUUAGUUACCAUAAAUUAUUAUUUCUGAUAUUACUUGUGUUUUUUGGUAGCUUGUAUUAAUUGGUUCUAGAGUUUCCUUUUAUUUUUAGAUUUGAUUAAAAUAAAUAUAAUAAAUAUUUAAUACUCUCUAUGUACCCGAAAAUAAAAUUUUCUAAAGUGUUCACGCUUAUUGGGAAUUCAGUAAAUGUUGAUAAUUUAAUUUUUUUUACUUUAUUAUACACUUUCCAAUAAAUUUUCACGAAUGAAAUUUGAUAAAUUCAAAUAUUUUCAUUUAAUGUUUUUUAAAAAUAUAAAAAAAUACUUUAGACAUAUAGCAAAUCUAUCUUUGUGGAGCAAGUAAAAAAUCUAAAAUAUCUUACUUUCGGAAAUGGAGGGAGUAAAAAUAAUCAACCAAUCAAAUUAUAAUAAUUUCUUAAAAUUUCACAUAUGAGCAAUACGUCAGCUCAGAAGUCACUUCUCGAUUAAUAUAUAAUGGGGGUUUUGGAGGGUUGGUUUGGGUCCAUACAUUUUAUACCACUCUACAAAGUCUAUUCAGAUAUGUUUACUGGCUGAACCGAGUAUGCAAUUCGGGUAUUUCGGUUUCAGAAACGGAGGCCUAAAAUUCCACAUAUCCUCUGGGAAAACGCAGCGUUUAUGAGGCUGUUAAACCCACACCCACCCACCCACCCCCAAUUCGCAAGAAGUUGCAUUUUCGCUUAAACCCUAAUAUCACAGUUUCGUGACUUUGGUCUUCCUUUUGCGCUUCUUCUAUUCUAUCAGACAGCAGCAGCAGCCAUGUACAGGUCAAAAGCAGUUCUGUCUUCUCUCCGAAACGCUUACUCAAAGAUCUCAGCUCAGGUGGGUUCGUCUUCCAUUCAAUUCCCAUGGCAAGUCCGCUCCUUUUCUUCGAGACCAGAGUCUAUGCUUCAGUUAGUACUCGAAAACGCUUGGUCCAAGAAAGUAGAGGAAGGAUUGAAGAAUCCAGAUACGUCUUUAACCCACGAGACUGCAAUCUACCUGCUUAGGAAACUAGAUAAGCACCCGGAGAAAGCUUACUCCUUUCUCCAUUGGGUCAUCAGAGAAUCAGGUCUUACUCCAAGCUCUCCCCUUUACAGCACGAUGCUGAGGGUCUUGGUGCAGCAGAGAUCCAUGAAACGGUUUUGGAUGACUCUUUCUGAUAUGAAGCAAGGAGGGUUUUAUAUGGACGAGGAAACUUACAAGACUCUUUAUAGUUUGCUUAAUAAGGAGGAGGACAACAACUCCAAGGCCGACGCUGCUGCUUUGGCUCAUUUCUAUGAGAGAAUGCUUAAGGAGAACGCCGUUUCUGAUGUUGCCGCUAGUGUUUCCGCUGCUGUUUCGAAAGGUGAUUGGAGUUGUGAGGUUGAGAGGGAGCUGCAGGAGAUGAAGCUCCCUCUCUCGGAUAAUUUUGUUAUCAGGGUGUUGAAGGAGCUGAGGGAGCAUCCUUUGAAAGCUUUGGCGUUUUUUCAUUGGGUUGGGGUUGGUGGUGGUACUUCUUCUGGUUAUAGACACAGCACCGUUACGUAUAACGCAGCCUUGAGGGUUUUGGCUAGGCCUAGCUCGGUCGCGGAGUUUUGGAGUGUUGUCGAUGAGAUGAAGACCACCGGAGGGCAUGAGGUUGAUCUUGACACUUAUAUAAAGGUUUCGAGACAGUUUCAGAAGUCUAGAAUGAUGGUGGAGGCUGUUAAGCUUUACGAGUUUAUGAUGGACGGUCCUUUCAAGCCAUCUGUUCAAGAUUGUAGUCUUCUUUUGAGGUCCUUAUCGGCUGGUCCCAGUCCAGAUUUGGAUUUGGUGUUUCGGGUUUCGAGCAAGUAUGAAUCAACUGGGAAGUCUCUCUCGAAGGCUGUGUACGAUGGAAUCCACAGGUCGUUAACUAGUGUAGCGAGGUUUGAAGAAGCUGAAGAAAUCAUGAAGGCUAUGAGAGAUGCGGGUUAUGAGCCGGAUAACAUCACUUACAGCCAGCUCGUGUUUGGUCUUUGUAAAGCUAACAGGUUAGAAGAAGCGCGUGGAGUUGUAGAUCAAAUGGAAGCGCAAGGAUGCUUUCCGGACAUAAAAACAUGGACUAUUCUCAUCCAAGGGCACUGCAAGAACAACGAAGUUGAUAAGGCCUUUGCCUGUUUUGCGAAUAUGCUAGAGAAAGGGUUUGAUAUCGACUCUGAUCUGCUUGAUGUCUUGGUAGGUGGGUUUCUCAGCCAAAACAGGAUCGAGGGAGCUUGCAAAUUCCUAAUGGAGAUGGUGAGAAAUGCCAAUGUAAAGCCUUGGCAAACCACUUACAAGGCUCUUAUAGACAAGCUGCUCGAAAUCAAGAAGGGCGAUGAGGCGCUGGAUCUUCUAGAGUUGAUGAAGAAGCAAAAUUACCCUGCGUAUGCAGAGCCUUUUGAUGGAUACCUUGCAAAGUUUGGGACUUUGGAAGAUGCUAAGAAGUUCUUGGAUGUGCUAAGCUCAAAGGAUUCGCCUUCCUUUGCAGCCUAUUUUCAUCUUGUUGAAGCUUUCUACCGAGAAGGAAGACUCGCUGAUGCGAAAAACCUUGUCUUCAUAUCUCCCCAUCACUUUAAAACACACCCUAAAAUCACUGCACUCUUUGGCGCAGCUUGAAGUAAAACCUCAAACCCUCUCUGGGGUAAUAUUCUUUUUAUUCUCGAGUUAUGCCCAUUCCUAGAGUUAUUAUGAAGAUGUAGCUUCCACAAGUUAUGGAACUUCUUUUUUUUUUCACCUUAAAUGCAGUUAUUUUCAUAAUUUAUUUCACACCAUUUGUAAUAGAAGUGCUGAAUAUGGAUUUAUGGCCUCUUGACUGAUUGUCUUUUUUUCUCGUUUCACCAUCGAUGUGUUUUUGGCAAAACAUUUCGAAGAUGUGUGACGUUAUUGAAUC